CGUGCCGUGCACUUUGUGAAACGGAACGGAGAAUAUAUUUUUGUCGUGGCGAGAGCUCAAACGAGUGCGAGAGGGAGAGAGCCCGAGAGUGUGUGACAGAGAAGCAGCGAAAAUCUGUGCGUGUACGAGAAAUCGAUAACAGCAGCUGAAGUGACAGAAGAAGAAGACGAAAAGGCAGUGGAGUAAUCGAAAGCGUGUGUGUGUCGGCGAAUGGAUUUGUUUUAAUGGAAAAUCCAAAGGGAAUGUGCUACAGAGGAAAACUCUUCAAGUUACAACGCAAUUGCUUUGAGACCCCAUUGAAAGAGGCUGCUAGGAGUAAGUAUUGAGAAUAGACAGGAAGAUGCACCUGCAAAACACGCACAACACAAUGGAAUCACACGCCGCUAUGGAUGCCACAUCCCCAGCUUCCCGGGAUGUCCGGCAGUUUCAUGAUCUGAUAACGUGCCGACUUUGUCGCGGUUAUAUGAUCGAUCCAACCACCGUGGAUUACUGCUAUCAUACCUAUUGCCGGAGUUGCAUACUAAAGCACCUGCUGCGAGCGGUUUACUGUCCGGAAUGUAAAGCCAGCGGUGGAAAGGAAAUCAAUGAAUUGAAUCUGAAAUCGGAUGAUACGUUGCGAUCGCUGAUCUAUAAGCUAGUGCCGGGACUCUAUCAAAGGGAGUGCAAGGAGCUGGCAGAAUUCAAGGAUCAGCACGAUUUGGUGGAUGAACAAACGACUGAUGAACAGGAGUUCUUCACCACCACGGAACUUAUAAGCUUAUCCCUGGAAUACCAUCCCGCCAUGCUGCGUCAGUGUGGUCCUGGCGAGGUGCCGCCCACUAUUUACCUGCAAUGUGCCGCCGGAUUACCUGUGGAGCUACUGAAAAGGUUCCUCUGCUCCAAGUACAACAUAGAGACGGACAAUGGUCUGGUGGAAGUGGAGGUGACCUACAAGGAUGAGGUACUGCCUUCCAAUUUCACCCUGAUGGAUGUAGCCUACUGUUACAACUGGAGCCGGGAAUCGCCCAUGGCUUUCUGCUACCGGAUUCUGCUUUACGACAACGAGCAAGCAAAAAACGAUGAGAACAACCUAUCCAGGAUUAACCAGGACAUUGAACCAGAGCAUUCGGUACGUCGCUCCAAGUCGGCCAAAUCGGUGACCUUUGCCGAGGACCUGGAAUCGGAAAUAGACUCCGGUUCUCCGCGUUCCAAGGUGCGGUGUAAGACUCCGCCAAAAGUUUCUCCCUCGUCGAAAAACAAACGAUUGACGUCGAGUAAACGGGAUGCGGAACCUGAAAGUCCGGUGAGCAACUUCAAAAGUCUGCGAAGCAACGACAUGCGGUACAGUGAUUACGCCGUGUCCAAAGUUAAAAGUGAACCGGAACAAGAGCAGUUCCUAUUGCCGAGAGAACGGGAACAACAGCCACUGGAGGCCAACACUAAUAUAGUGGUCAGCAUUCCACCCUCGCAGCUCAGAAAGUCCUACGUUGAUGCCGAGGAUUUUGAGCUGAAGACAGCAAAUCGAAAGGGAGUGGGCCAUUUGCCCAAACUGAAGAUCGAACUGAACAGCAUGAAGAGCAAGCUGAGUAUGCCAUUAUCGGCGGGUCCGCGACUGGAGGAUACCUCCUGCUCCUCAACUUUCUCGGCUCAACAACUCGAUCUGGAGACCUACGCCAAGAACAUUGGCCUGAAGCCCAUUGAGCAGCCUUUGCAGCAGAGUGCAUCCAAUCCCGAUAGCAAAUACAGUCCCAAUGCCUCGCCCAUGUCCUCGUGCUCCAGUUCGACCAACGGAUCCAGCGGCAGUCUGGGCACUGCCGAUGCCAGUACAUCGACCAGCACGUCCGGUUCCCAUCGCAAGCGCAAGAAGAAGCACUCCAAGGAGCCAAAGGAUGCGAAUGGCAAGCGGAAAAAGUUGCACGCUGAGAUCAGCUCGCAAACGGAUGGGAAAAUGAAGGUUAAGAUUACAGCCAAACCCAAUCAUAAGUUGGAUUUCAAGAGGUCCCAUUCACUGGCCAGUGGAGAGUUGGAUCUGCAGAAGUUGAAACUGGACAGUACUAGCACUUCCGAGGCUCUGAAUCGCACAUUGGGCGAGGAGGCGCGGAGUAUCAACAGCCUGGUGGUGGGUGGAGCACCCACACCGCCGCCCACGCCCACCGCCGAACCAGAAAAGCAGCAGCAGCAACAACAACCACAACAACAACAGCAGCAGCAGCAACAGCAGUUUGUGGUGCUGCCAAAAAUAAAGGAUCUAACCUUGCCCACAUCGCCACCUCUGCCGCCCAGUUUAUUCAAAGCCUAUACACCCAGCACGACGCCAACUGCUCCACUUACGGUGCCCGGCGGAAAGCCCAAGCAGCAGCAACAGCAAAUGCCACAGCAACCUCAAGCUGUACUACAGCAAAGCCUGGCUAAAACGAACCCCGCCAAACCGCCGCUGAGUAGCAACAAUAAUCGCAAGCCAAACAGUGGACACUUUGCGGUGCCACAGGCACCAACCCACCGGAAUAUGUACCACAUGCAACGCUACCAGUCCACACCCAGUUCGAUUGCCAGUGCGGCCAACAAGAUGCCAAAGCGAUCCAUGUCCCUGGACGAAUCGCAUCCGGCCAAGCAGGCGAGAUUGAGCCAGGCUCAGGCGAUGGCCAGCAGUUAUGCGGCCAAGCUGCAUAUGCAGACUACCAACCAGGCCAAAAGUCAGGCGGCCGCCUUUCUGCCCAAUCCCCAGAUGCGAUCCUAUGGUCUUCCCGACCUGGGCAGCAAGCCAACGCUGCCACUGUUGUGCCCGGCCAACAGUUCGAGCCAAGUGACGAUUACGCCAAGGCCCAGAGCCACACCGUCGAUUUAUUCCUUCUCGGAGCCAAAUAUCCAUGUGCCUGCACUGGAAAUAGUGCGAUUGCCGGUGAAUAAGCAGAGUGCAGGAGGCAAGGGUCUAACGAUGCCACCUCUUAGCCCGCCGGCAACAUCCAGUGCCCGCCUGAUGGGACCACCAGCGGCUCUGCCCAAACAGGCUGGAGGACAUGGUGCGGCCAAGCGGAGCUGCCAAAUGCCGACAAUGCCAAUGCCGUUGCCGCUGCCGCUGCCCAUGCCGAUGACCACGAUUCCGGCGAUUGUCAAGUCGCCACCACUGUCAGUUGCGCUCAGUGGCCAGAGGAACAACAAGGGCAACUCCUCGAACUCAAAUGCUUAUCGCACAUCACCGCCUGCAUUAAUAAAUCUGCGCAACACAGCCGCUCCACAGCACUCGUUUCCAUCAAAGUCGAGCCCAAAGGUGGAAGCCAAUUCAAAGAAAUCCCCGCCAGCAGCUGGCUGCCAAGGCAAAACCAAUGGCACUGCCGCAUUGGACAAGUCCAAAACGAGUUUGCGCGAGUUUCGGCCAGCAGUGCAGGCGGCUGUAACAGCAACAGCAACCACAUCGGCCACCACUGCAGCGGAAGCAGGAGCAGGAGCAGGAACAGGAACAGCAUUAGCCAAGGAUGCCGAUAUACUUGAUUUAUCAGCUAACCCGGGAAGGAGCAACAAUGACGCCAAAUUGGCGCCCAACUCACAGCCCGCUGGCAACAACAACAACAAUAAUAACAACAACAAUAAUAAUAACAAUAACAACAGCACAAGCAACAGCCUGGAGGCCGCCUUAAACAAAAUCAAACAGAAUAUAUCGGCGAACAGCAAUGGUGGACCAUCGACCACUUCUGGCGGUAACUCGAAUGGUACAACCAACGGCGACGAUCUACAGAAUCUGCAUAUGCUCUCGGAAUCGGCAACGGCCAGGGAGAAGAUCUCCAUAAAGGCCGCCAGCAGUGGAAAUGGCAGUGGUAGCACUAGUAGUUCCGCUAAACCCAAGAAUGCCAAUGCAUUGGUAAGACCACAGAAUGCCUCAGUUAGGAGCAUACCCAAUCCAUCGGCUUUGGCAUUCCGCAAUCAGCCAGCUGCUGCCAGCACGGCAGCCAGCAUUAGUAAACCGUUGACAGUUAGUGCUGAGGAAAAGAUGAAGGUUUCCACCAGCAAUCCGGGAUCACUGAGCCCCACUAACACGGGCAGUGGCUGCUCAAGCGGCAGCUCUGGAUGCAGUGCGGCCACCUCGCCGCGGGCAAUGACCAAGAAGCCCACGACAAUCGACCAAGUGGCGGCCAAUUUGAAUAUCCGCGCCGAGGCCAAGGCCGCCGCUCUCGCCGAGGAGGCACCACCCGUUCUCAGUUCCAAUGCGGCCAAAUCCCCGGAGUUGGCCAAAACGACGACAACGGUUGCGUUGAGGCCAGAGCCCAAGGAGACGCCCAUCACUGUUUCGGCGGCCAGCACUCUGCUGACCAUCCCGUCUGCGGUUUCCAGUGUGUCCGCAGUGCCGGAAUCCAUGGCCAAGCCACCCGUACAGAUUGCCAAUGCUCCGGUGGCGAGUUCCGCUUAGUCACAAGCGUUUCUUUGGCUGUGCGGAACGCAAAUGUAUCUUGUGGCGCCGCUGGAGAAUCUGCGAAAUACCGACAGCAACUGAGGUGAUGAAAAACCGUAUAAACAACUCCUAUGGCGCAAGUUUUCCAACCUCGCUCCCGAAGAAGAAGUGCAAUUUAAUCAACCAGUAGAAUGGAUCAUCGUAAGCCUUAGAACUAAACCGAACAACACUGAGCAAUAUCUACAACGCAGUGGAAUGUAUCUGUUGGAUGCGAAAACCGCAUCAUUUGCAUACAUAUAUGCAAACAUUUGCAAUCGAAUUAGUACGCGACUAAAUAAAUAAUCCAAGCAAAUUUCAAAAAUGCCAGCAACAAAAUUCAUUAAUAAUAACCCAACUGAGAGAAAGAGAGAAGCGCGAGGAGGAGAAUAAUAAUAAUCAAACGCGCUGGCGUUCGCUGGCAUUUUCGAAAGCCGGCAAAAGCAACAACAAAAUUAAUUAUAAAAUAUCAACAGCAAAUAUGUGUUAAACCGCGAUAAGGUCAGACGAACACAAACACAUGCCUUUAGUAGAUAGAUCUUCGGUUGGCCUUUUGCUUUUUGGGGAAAGUCCAAGCGUAAGCAAGAGAAAAAAACUCUACUAAUAAAUAGCAAAAUUAAUUUCAAAUGCGCGAUAGUAAAAGAGUUUAUUUUCGAGAAAACCCAAGAAGAGGAAAAACCACAAACCGAUUCGAAAACGGAAAUCGCAUCAGGAAUAUUUGAUUACGCACACACACUGAGUGCCGAAAGUGUUUGGCCCACACCCUGCGGAAAAACUGCCACGAAGUGUGAAAAUUCGGAGGUAGUGUUGGUGGUGGUGGGCUAGCUAGCUAGCUGCUAGAUUUUUCGAAAGGAACACACUCAGUCGCGUAUAGCGAAAGAUACAGCCCCGAUACCCGAUACACACACUCACGUUCCUCAUCGGGGCGAUAAAAUUUUAACGAUUUUGCGCCGCUUUGAGCGAGCGUGUCAGGCAUAAAGAUACAAAACAAUACUUGGGCAUAUAUAAACAAAAGCAAACAAAGCGGAAUGAAAAUAAUGAAAAUAACAAACUCGCACUGGCACAAUGCGUAUAUUUCUAUACAUAUACCCAAAUCAAUAUAAACACAUAUUUAUAUAUAUAUAAAUAUAUCUUGUAGAUACCUUGUCGCAUUAGUUGUUUAAGCGAGUUACGUUUAAUUGCAGCACGAAUUUUGUACAUAAAUUUAAAAAUCGAAGCCAGGCAAAAACAAAACAAGAUGCCAACCCAGCACUUGGAAAUGAAUUUUAAUUUUUUAGAGCUUCGACCAAAUGAAAUACCAUACACAUAAACACGAACAACACACACGUAUUAUGCAAAUAUUGAUAAACUUCUUCUUAUAUUUACGAUAUUCGUACACUCGAAAAAGGCUUUAGAUUUUCGUACAUUUAUUCUCAACUUGCUCUUAGCUGAUAUUUUUUUGUUUUUGUUAUCUUGUAUAUGGUCUGUACAUAUUUUAAGCAAAGAUUUAACUUUAAAGUUUAUAAGGGGAGCAAUAGAACCCUGAAUUAUAUGAGUUUCUUAGAGGAAUAGCUGGAUUUUUUAGAAUAAGUACAUGGUGGCAGAUCCACCCCAUUGUUUAUUCGUAUCCGUAUCUUUUUGUUGCAACCCCUGUCUGCUGGCAGCAUCCCCCUCAUGAUCGGCGAAAAAUUAACAUAAUUUCCAGGCAAUCAAACAAAUUGAAGGCCUCGGAUCGACCUCCAGCUAUUCCAAUAAUAACUUUGGCUCGACUCCUGAUUGUUGUAUAUUUAUUUAUUCCUAUUAUCGAAAUAUAUACAUUAAAUAUAUAUAUCUAGUUGUAUAUGCGAGGAAAGGCUCGACUUAUUUAAGCUGAUAUUGUACUGUUCGGACACCUUAACUAAAUAAACCUAUGAAUACUUAAAUAUAACGCAUAUAUAUAUGUUUAGAAAUCUGAUUGUAUGCACAUCUGUAUGUAAUACUGUUAGAAAACCCUCGAAAUGUAAUCCAAAAACAAACACACACACCCCCACACACACUAAGUUAAAUUAGCUGAUUUUCAAAAACAAUAAAAACAUGAAAAUGGAACACAGUGUAUAACAAA